CCAACAUGAAGGUCAUCGUAUGCUUGUCUCUCCUCUUCGCGGCCGUUCUGGCUGCCCCCAAUGUGCACAUCGACCACAGCAAGGUCGAGAUGCACAUCCCCACCGUCGAUGAGAUCGCAGAAGGCGCCCCCAAGUACCCGGAGUCGCGCAUCGUGAACGGCGCCACCGCCACCCGCGGCCAGUUCCCCUACCAGGUGGCCAUGUACCUGGACGGCAGGAGCUUCUGCGGAGGCUCCAUCAUCUCCAACCGCUGGGUCCUGACCGCAGCCCACUGCGCCCAAGGAAUCUCCACCUUCACUGUGUACCUCGGUGCCCAGAACCUGAACAACAACGAGAACGGCCGCCUCAUCAUCACCACCACCCAGAAGAUCGUCCACUCCGGAUACAACAGCAACACCUUGAACAAUGACAUCGCUCUGGUCAACUUGGGCCAGAACGUUGCCUUCAACACCUACAUCCAGCCCAUCCAGCUGGCGUCUGGCUCCGCCUCCUACGCCGGCAACACCGCCCGCGCCAGCGGUUGGGGAAGGACCUCCCAGAACAGCGGAGUCAGCAACUCUUUGAACUACGUGGACCUCCCCGUCAUCACCAACACUGUGUGCGCCCAGACCUACGGCAGCAUCAUCGUCUCGUCCACCCUCUGCGCCUCCGGCUCCGGCGGCAAGAGCACCUGCAACGGCGACAGCGGCGGCCCCCUGGUCGACCGCAACUCCGGCCGCCAGAUCGGCGUGGUGAGCUUCGUGUCCAGCGCCGGCUGCGCCAGCGGAGCGCCCUCCGGCUACAUCCGCGUCACCUCCUUCAACAGCUGGAUCUCCUCCAACACCGGCAUCACCAUCUCCUAAGCCUACCACGCUCCUCGCCGAUUUGGCCACCAUUCUCGAAAAUGUGAAGAUUGGUACAUGUCGGAAAAAAAAUACAAAACCAACCC